CCGCUGCGACGUCCUCUCACCACUCAUCUGAAACCCUGCUGCAGGUGGUGUACUCUGGAGCGAAAUCUCCUCCUCAUACACUUACAAACAGUGACUCACUCCCUGCCUUUAUCGACAACACACUCCCUGUUGUUGUUGUUGUAAUUCUCUUGCUUAUUCUGCAGCACUGAAGUGAAACUCUUUGAGGAGGUAGGUAGAGUGAGGUUGAAAGACUGCAGCGAUGGAGUUCCGGAAUUUGGGGCGGACUGGGUUGAAGGUGAGUGUGUUGGGCUAUGGCGCAUGGGUGAGCUUCGGCAACCAGUUGGGUGUCAAGGAGGCUGCAGGUAUUCUGUCUCGGUGUCGAGAAGCAGGCGUGAACUUCUUCGAUAAUGCUGAGGUGUAUGCGAAUGGAAAGGCGGAGGAGAUUAUGGGCGCUGCCAUCAAGGAGCUUGGUUGGAAGCGGUCGGACGUUGUGAUCACCACUAAGCUAUUCUGGGGCGGUAGUGGUCCUAAUGACAAGGGCCUCUCUCGCAAGCACAUUAUUGAGGGCAUCAAGGCAUCAUUGAAGAGAUUGGACAUGGAUUACGUUGAUCUACUCUACUGCCAUCGGCCAGAUCCCUCUACCCCAAUUGAGGAGACUGUGCGAGCCAUGAAUUGGGUGAUCGACCAUGGUUAUUCAAUGUAUUGGGGAACUAGUGAGUGGUCUGCUGAGCAAAUCACAGAGGCUUGGGAAAUUGCCAAUCGGUUAGGCCUGAUUGGUCCCGCAAUGGAACAACCGGAAUACAAUUUGUUCGCUCGUAAAAGGGUGGAGCAAGAGUAUGCGGAGCUCUACAAAAAGUAUGGUAUUGGUCUGACGACAUGGAGCCCCCUUGCGUCCGGUUUCCUCACAGGAAAAUACACGAAAGACAACAUUCCCGAAGGCAGCCGCUUUGCGUUAGAAAACUAUAAGCAUCUGGCAGAAAAAAGCUUAGUUGACGAGGCUUUCGCAAAGAUAGAGGCUUUGAAGCCGAUUGCCAAGGAGCUUGAUGCGACUUUGGCACAAUUGGCCUUGGCUUGGUGCGCUAAGAAUCCCAAUGUCAGCUCUGUCAUUACUGGAGCCACUAAAGAACACCAGGUAGUUGAGAAUAUGAAAUCUAUUGAACUCCUUCCCAAACUUACACCUGAAGUGAUGGAGAAGAUUCAUAAAAUAAUUGGGGAUUCAAAAUGAAAACAAUGCUAAAAUCGACUACGUUAAAGCUACUCCUUGCAUAGCAUAUCCUUCGCAGAAAACUUGUCGAAGCGUGCACACCUUUUUGUUCAAUCGAAAGAUUGUAGUUAAUUGUGGCUAAUAAACUUGAGGUUUUCUUGUCUUCUCCGCACUGUA